UUUUACUGAUAUUUUAUUCAAAAAGAAAAUGAACGGCACAAUUAGACGAUCUGAUCCCUGUGGUGAUUAUGAACUCCUUCAACGUGUCGGCACUGGUUCCUAUGGAGAAGUUUACAAGGCUCGUGACUUGAAAACUGGCCUUUUUGCAGCCGUAAAAAUUGUAAAAUUGGAACACGGCGACAACUUUGCUUCUAUCCAACAAGAAGUUUUGAUGCUUAGGGACUGUGUCCAUCCAAACAUUAUUGCGUAUAAUGGCAGCUAUUUGCGAAGGGACAGGUUGUGGAUAGUGAUGGAAUAUUGUGGUGGAGGAUCGUUACAGGACAUUUAUCAAAUGACCGGUCCUCUAACUGAACUCCAAAUUGCGUUCGUCUGCAGAGAAACACUUAAAGGACUAAAGUAUCUUCAUCAACGAGGGAAAGUGCAUCGUGACGUUAAAGGAGCAAAUAUUUUACUUACACACACUGGAGACAUUAAACUAGCCGAUUUUGGAAUUGCCGCCCAAAUUACUGCUACGCUUGGAAAGCGUCUUUCUUUCAUUGGCACACCUUACUGGAUGGCACCUGAAGUUGCUGAUGUUGAAAACCGUGGAGGUUAUGGUUCUGAAGUUGAUGUUUGGGCUGUAGGAAUAACUGGAAUUGAACUAGCCGAGCUUAAACCGCCAUAUUUUGAAUUGCCUCCAAUUCAAGUUUUGCAUUUGAUGACUAAAUCGAAUUACAAAGUGCCAAAAUUGAAGGACAAGAAAAAAUGGUCCCCAACUUUUACUCAAUUUAUUAAAGCCUGUUUAACAAAAAAUCCAAAAAAGCGUCCAUCACCAGAUAAAUUACUUACGACAAAUCCGUUUGUUUCGGGUGCUCUAAGUUCUCGUUUAAUUCGUGAAUUACUCGACCGGGUAAAUCAUCCAGACAGAAUUGAUAGAGAUGAGCAACAACAAAAUGAUUAUAAUGAAGAUAUAAUUGUUGAAAAAGAGGUUAGGAGAAGUAAAAAGGAAUGUGGGAAAAGAGAAAAUGGAGGAAAUAAAUUGAGGGAAUCUUCUGAAUCUGAACAAGAAGAAAAAUCAAAAACAGCUACUUAUCAAGUUGAAAAUUUUGCUUCUCAUCAUUUACACCAAUUUAAAUCUCCUUACAUUAAUAAUCGUCAGAAAAAUGGACGGAAGAAUUUGAGAAACAAUAAAAUUAUUCAACAACCAGAUGAUCGUCCAUCUUCGUCAUCGUCAUCUUCCUCCAUUUCUUCUUCAAUUUCAAAUCCACAUGGACAUGUUAAUUUGGGAAUGGAUGAAAAUGAUGUUGGGGAAGAGGAUGAGGUUUUUGGUGAUGACUGGAAUCAACAAAUUUCUUAUCAAAGCGAAAAAACUUUGGUUGCGUCACAGGGAGAGGCAAGUGGAAGAAUUAUUGAUUUGACUCUUCAGGAAAAUAAUGAUGGUAAUAAUAUUUUUGAACAACCUUCAUUUCAAAUUUCUUCUUCUCCAUUACAACCAAAUUCUCCUCAAAAAAGGCCAAAAAAUUUAAAUAUUCCAAAAAAUUCUUCAAACCAAAAACAACAACAACUUCAACCACAACGUUCACAUUCUUCAUUAAGUAGCGCACCAAAAUCUCCUUCUUUAAUUACUCGAACUCCAACAACAAAAAAAGCUUCGAAAAUUUUGGCUAGAAUAGAUGAAUCAUUAAAAUUAAAAUGGAAUAGAUUACGUUCAAAAUCGGCAUCUUUAUUAAAUGUGCAACAACAAUCUUCUAAUUAUUAUUAUGCAAUAAAUCAAAAUGGUCCUUUCGCUAGUCCAAGUACUCAAAACAACAACAUUAGUAAUAAUAGUCCAGCUGCAAAAAAGUAUGGAACUGCAAUAAAUCAACAUCAUACUCAUCAUCCAUUUCAAUCUAGACCUAUGACUUGUUGUUUUGGAAUGGUCCCAACUCCCCAAGUUACAAUGGGUGCUUGUUUUGUAACAGUUUUACACAAAAGCCCAAUAAAUGUCAAUUGUUGUGCACAAUGGUAUCACCCUGCUAACAGAAAACAAUUUAUGGUUUUGGGAGCAGAACAGGGUGUUUAUGCUUUGGAUUUGAGUGAUAUGUCUGGGGAGGAUGAAGCGCCGUUAGUUCAGCUCCACGAACGUCGAUGUACCUGGCUUCAUAUAGUUAACGACACAAUAACUGCCUUACAAGGAAAAACGCCUUAUUUGUAUAGACAUGAUCUUCUUCAAUUAUUUCAACAAGAAUUAAUAACACAAAAAUUGGCUGAUAAAUUGCAAAGGCUUCCAGAAAAGUUUAAACCUAAAGCUUUAAUUGGGUCAAUCAGAAUGCCUGAAACGAAGGAUUGUUAUCAAUGCAAUGUUGAACGAAGUAUUAAUGAUGGUGAAUUAUAUCUUUGUUGUGCUGUUCCAAAUGCUGUUUUAUUAUUUCGUUGGUAUGAUCCUUUAACUCGUUUUGUUUGGCUUAAACGUGUAGAAUUGGAUAAAUUGGCUCUUCCCUAUUUGGGACCUCAACAUCCACAUAAACCGUUUAAUUUAGUUUUUGGUUCUGGAGCAGCUAAUUCUGAUUAUCCUAUGGUUUGUAUUGGAAUUUCACGUGCAUUAACUUCCCCUGUUGGUACAGCACAACAAUUGCUAAAUGAUCUGAGAAAUAAUAAAACUUAUCAAAAAGACCGUUUAGAACUUCAAUUUGUUAAUUUUAACGGCCCAGAUAGCAAUAAUGGAGUUUCUUCUUCAAAUGGUUGUGGCGGUGGUGUUGGAGGACAAUUUUUUGAUCUCUUUACUUCUGACAUUUUUGGUGGUUGUGGAUCGUCAGAUGAUGAAUGUUGUUUUACUCCACAAGGACGUUCCCCCAACAAUUUUUGUAGUAAAAAUGGUAUAAUGGGUUCAGAUAUUAACGGAAGAACUAUUUGGAGAUGGAGGGAAAAACUUGAAAAUGUUGUGGCAUUGAAACAAUUGGAUAGAGAUACGUUAUUUUUGGCUUAUGAUAAUCAGAUUCUCAUUACUGACUUGAAUGGCAAUCAAAAGAAAACUGAUUUAAUGCAAACACAUUUUAUUUUUGAUUCUCGUUUGGAAUAUGCAAUUCCUUUAUCUGAUUCUGUUUUAGGCUUUCAUAAACAUGGAAUACAAGGAAAAUCUUUCUUCCGUGGAACAAUAACACAAGAAUUAAAUGACCCAUCAAAAGAUUAUCAUUUAAUUGGUAAAGAUAGUCUUAUUGUUUUAAAAAUGAUUAAAAGACGUCGCUGUACAAACCUCAAAAUCUCUUCUUUAUUAUCCUCACAAAAUGUAAAAGAUGUUAAUGUUGAAGAUGAGGCUGUUGAUGAUAUUAAUGAGGAGGAAGUAGAGGAGGAAGAGGAAGAAGAAGAGGAUAUUUGUGUACUUACAGGCCAUAUAUCUACAAUGACACCUCCAUAG